AUGUUCGUUUCUCGGAGAUUUGUUCUUGUUGCGCUUUCUAUCUUUGAAUCUUCCGCUGCUUACGAAUUUGGCAAAAGACAAGCGACAUUAUCCUUGUGUCCCACUCAGGAGACUAUUACUGUCACUGCCUCAGAAUGUCCAAUUUUCUCUUCUUCCGCACCUCCCAGCAGUGCAUCCAGCAGUGUAGCUGCUACUUACACAAGUCCUAGUCCUGUCUCUUCAAUUGAAUCUUCCACGCUCGAAUCAUCAUUCUUGGGAACCCUUUCUUCUACCGAAAGCUUGGUAUUUUCGUCAUUCUCUUCUGAGCCUUCGCUUCCAUCAACCAGUCUUGUUAUUCCUGUAACGACUUUGGGGCCUUCUUCGAUAAUCACGGAAGGAUCCACUUCAAUUCCAGCCUAUACUUCGAGCAGUGCUGUUAUUUCAGAACCUUCUUCUUCGGCAAUCCAGACCUCAGUUGAAUCUUCCGCGGUAGUCUCAGAAGCCUCCACAGAAACCUUCUCAGCCUAUGUCACGCCUACAGUAUCAAACAGUAUAUCUGUAUCAUCUGUGCCAGUUUCCUCCGAAUCGACAAGCGUUCCGGAGUUAUCGACAUCAAUUUUGGAACCAAGCAGUGUUAUCCAGAGCGAAAGUUCUAUAUUUACUUCCCUCACAUCCGCUGAACCUAGCACUUCAAUUGAAUUUUCCUCAGCUUCGAGCUUAAUUUCCAGUACCGCAGCUUCCACCACAUACACUUUGCUACCCUCUUCCUCAUUCGUAACUUCAGCACUUCCUUCUUCUGCAGCCACAUCGACAAGCAUAUACACAGUAACCUCUUCCGCACCUCUACCCUCCAUUUCAUCCAUCACAAUAACCACAACCGUUAUUAGUACAGUUGGAGGCCAAACCACGACCGUUUUAUCAACAUUUACACAAGCCACUACUGUUGCAACGACCGUCAUAACCACCGUCCAAGUACCAACUACCGUGGUUAGCCUAGGUACCACGACUGUUAUACAAUAUACUACUGUGUCACCUCCAGCCUGUACUAUCCAUCCUACUUUGACCAAUGGUGGAUUCGAAAGUGGAAAUGGUAUCGAGCCUUUUGAAGCAGUGGCUACAGGACCCAACGCGCCAAGUUACACCACUGCAGCCGUUCCUCAUAGUGGAUCUAACAGUUUGGAGUUACUUUUCUUCCCAUCAUCCUCAGCUACCUCAUACAUAACUCUAACCCAAACCGUAUCCGCUUGUCCCUCGUACAACUAUCUCCUUACCGGCUACGUGAAAGCAAGUAACAACCUCAGCAUCAAUCAUCAUCCAAUUGCUACAUCUAUCGUAAUUCAAACCCCCACGCAAUCCUCCCUCACCACUCUCAUCAACUCCUCCACUUACCCUGGUUGGAGCAUGAUCUAUCUCUUCUUCACUGCUCCUGGAAGCGUCGGAGAUGGAGUGCAGAGUGUACCUUUGACAGUGCAUUCUUACUGUGAUAGCGGGGCUACCGAUUCACCAGGAUUGUAUGUGGACGAUCUUGUUGUUAGCGGUUAAUGGUUUGAAGACAGUGAGAGGGGUGCGAGAUGAGAAAUGAUGGUUGAUUUGAGAUGGAGGAAGGGGAAUGAGAAGUAGGAGAUAUAAAUUGGAAAAGCCUUUUCUUUUAGUUUGUUGUUUAAUUGUUGUAUUGGUGCGUGAUUCAGAGAUUGUAUUAGUGUGAAAGGGAGUGUGUAAGGUUAGUGGCAGAUUGUUGGAUUAAUGAGUAGCUG